AUGGAACAUCCAGAUAAUGACCAGAAGAAGAUCGAACGGCUCAGCAUCAGCGAUCCUGUGAAGACCGAUAUUGAAGUUGGAGAAGUGAGAGACCUCGACGAAGCCGAAAUAUUUCUCCGAGAAAACAACUUCAGCCAUGAAUAUCUCCAAGAUCUUCUCAGCGAUGAGACAGAGGUCAAAAAGUUGGUCCGUAGGAUCGAUUUGAGAUUGCUCCCUCUGUUAGCUGGCACGUAUGUCUUGCAAUAUAUCGAUAAGCAGGCAUUGGGGUAUGCUGCGGUAUUCGAUCUUUUCAGCGACACCGGUAUCUCCCAGAGCCAGUACAGUUGGUUUCCCAGCAUGUUCUAUCUGGCAUACUUGGUCGCCGAAUACCCGUGGAGUGCAUUGGCGCAGCGCACAAAGAUGGCGAAAGUUGUCUCUGGUUGCGUUGUCGCUUGGGGUGCCAUCCUCAUGGCCACAGCAGCUUCAACCAACUUUGCUAGCAUGGCUGCUUGUCGAUUCUUACUCGGUAUCUUUGAGGCACCGAUUACCCCCUGCUUCAUGAUGAUUGUGGGGAUGUGGUAUAUGCGACACGAACAACCAUUUCGAGCCGGAAUCUUCUACAGCUGCAACGGGCUAGGCGCUAUGGUGGGCGGAAUUCUAUCGUAUGCUAUCGGCCUGAUAGAGUCAUUCCCAGUCUGGAAAGCAAUUUUUCUCUUGUGUGGAGGCAUUACUGUUCUCUGGGGCGUGGUGCUAUACUUCUUCCUGCCGGACAACAUCAUCACAGCCAAGCAGUUCAGCUUGCAGGAUAGGGCUACAUUGAUCGCCCGUGGCAAAAUUGGCCGGACUGGUAUUCUUAAUCGCCAGAUCAAGUGGUACCAGAUUAGAGAGGCUCUGCUUGAUCCGCAGAUAUGGCUACUCUUCUUGUUUACCCUGUUGAACGAGACCAUCAACGGCGGAGUUGCCAAUUUUGGAAAGUUGAUUAUCAAAGGCCUGGUAAACGACUCUUUAAAGGCCACAGCACUAGGAAUACCUCUUGGCGCUUUCCAGAUUCUGUGGAUUUUGUCCGGAGCCUGGUUUGCCUCUCGAUUCAAAAAUGCCCGCACUUAUGUCAUGAUGGCAUAUUUGACGCCCACAGUUAUUGGACUCGGUCUGCUUUGGAGGCUGGACCGAGAGACACACAAAGUUGGCGUGCUAUUUGGUUACUAUAUCUCUGGCGCCUUUGUGUCCUCUCUCGUGGUGGCUCUCCAGAUGCCAGCGGCCAAUGUUGCGGGUUAUACGAAGCGUAUGACAAGUACCGCGGUCGUCUUUGCUGCCUACUGCGUUGGCAACAUCAUCGGCCCACACGCAUUUCUGGCGGAAGAGGCACCAAUCUAUCAGACUGGCUGCAAGGUGACGAUGGCAUGUGCCAUUGGACAAGUUGGCGUCGCUUUCUGCUUACGACUGUUGCUGAUCUGGAGGAAUAAGAAGAAGGACGAGGCUCUUGGGGCUGUUGGACUGGAUGAUCCUGUCGCUGAUGAGAUUGCAAGUGAUUUGACAGACUUCGAGAAUCCUCGGUUCCGAUAUGUGCUCUGA